AUGACUAUAUUAAUGUCAUCGGGACUAGGAGGUGGUGCUGGCGGUGGUGCUGGCGGUGGUGCUGGCGGUGGUGCUGGCGGUGGUGCUGGCGGUGGCUCUGGAGGUGAUGCCCUUCCAGAGAGAGAUGCACUCAUGGAUGACCUUGAGGAUGAUGGGGGUGAUGAGGAUGAGCUUGGAUAUGAGGAGAGGGUUGCCUUGAAGUACAGGAAGACAGUUGACGGGGACAAGAAAGCUAUCCAGUACAAGAACAAGAAGGGAGAGCAACGCGCCAGGAAAAUUAACAUUCCUGAAAGUGCUUCUGGCCUCAAGUCCGCUAUUCACGAAUGGGCUAGGGCACUUUUUGGCCUCCCCAGGCUAUCCAACUCCCCAACCUCAUCCAAGGUUAAAUUCCUGGAGAAUACACUUCCAACUACAGCUAUCGACACAGAAGUCAACGCUUGGAUCAACUAUUCAGCUUCACGCGAGACCUUCAUCGAUAUGAAGGUUGAAGCCAAUAUGGAAAAGCUCCUUGCUAAAAACCCUUCAGCAAAUGAAGCUACAAGAAAAGAGCUCAAGAUAAGGUGCACCAAGAGAGCUGUGGAAGCAUAUGUAGAUAGUCAUAAGAUCAAAUUUAGUUCUAGAGUAGCAAAGGCCACUGCCUCAGUUUACACAUACGAUCCGACUCAAUUGGCGUUUGCUGAAGCUGCACUCACUCAAUGUGGCUUCCCCAGGUUGACCUUGCAAUGGGGGUGUUCUCUUUCAACCCAGUGGAACAUGGCUGUCAUCAACAGCCUGGUCUCCUCUUGGCUGAACUGUUUUAAUGCUAGAGCGGUACCAUCCAGCUACUAUAUCGACUCGAAUAAGAUCAACGUCCCAAUGUACGCCAAAGAAAUACUUACUCAGUGGCUCCAGACCAAGCGAUCAGUCUACAGCCAGCAGCUCAGGGAUCUAAAGAUAGUAGCCAAAGAAGGAGGGAGGGAGAAACUGGUGAAAAAAAAGAUUACUGCGGCAGAAAAACAGAAAAUGAAGGACUUGAAGAAAAAACUUGCCAAAACCCGUUCCGAAGCCAUUAAAGACCAUCUCAAGAUCUAUGGCCGAGCUACAAAGAACAUUCUUGAUGAUGUGGAUAUCCAUUCUGAUACUGAGAUGGUUGCCCCAACGCCAAACUCGCCAGCUCGACUUAAAAGAAUCAAAGUUGGUUGGAGAUCAGCUGAACUAGACGAAUUGAUUUCGCUUGAAGACAAAUAUUCUUAUAAAACUAUUAAAGACCCUGUCAAAAAGGCAAAGGUUCAAGAGGGAGUAGCUUUAAGAUCUGAAUAUUCUACUACAAAAGUUGCACCUGAAGAUCAAACACCUCCUUACCAGUUUUACAAGUGCUUAGUCAAACCGGCUUACCUGACUGAUGAAUUGGAUGAGCUGACUGUUGAAGGAUUGGCGUUAUCAGAUACUGUCAUAAAUAUCAAGGAUGCCAUUGCAAUCCUCAAGAAGAAGCUUAAGCCAUCCGCCACUAUGAUGUGCAGUUUAUCCAUCAGGGGGACCAGAGGCCAGAACCCCACCAAGCGCCCCAUGCAUCACCCUGCUCUGAUAUGUAAACAGCUGCAUCAGAGGGGUCAAAAUACUGGCCCUUGCACAGACUGUACAAUGUUGCUACAUGCUACAGGUACAAUGUUGCUACAUGUUACAUGUAGCAUGCUUUGUGUCUUUGGGAGUAUAAAUACCGCCAGUGAGAUAAGAUUCACUACCCCCAGCUUCAUCCCUUCAACCACUCUGAUUCAACAAACCAGUUCUCAUCCAAGAACACUUCAGCCUUUCUCAGCUGUCACACCUCUCUUGAGUCUACUCUCUUCCACCAAUCAAAUAAUGGCAUCUUUGUCCCAGCAGGAUGCUGGCUCUUGGCCCAAUGGAGGUCCACCUAAAAGCCGUAAAGCCAAGAACAAACUCUGGGCAACUUACCUACCAAAAUCAAAUGAGGCGGACUGUAAAUCGUUUGCCGAAUUCACCCGAUUCUUACUAGGGCAUACGAGGCACAACCCAGAUUAUCCCAAUCCACCAACAAUUCUCAAACUUGUCAGCCUUCCCCCGUUGACCAAAGAAGCCAUCCUGCACAACCGCUCAGUCUUCACCACCUACAACUCUUUGAGCCAUCUUGACACCACAGACUGGUUGCCAUUCAAGGCCCUUGUUCAAUCAGACUUGUCAGCAAAUGGAAUCCAUCAAUACACCUUUGAUUGGUAUGCUCAUGAUGGUGAAAUGAGCCAAUGGAAUCAAGUCAUGAUAUUCUUCACCAUCAAGCAUUGGAGGUUUGCACAAACGGCUUCUGCUUUCACCAACUUUGCACUGGAUGACAAAUGGAAUGAAGACAAAUACCAGAUUGGAAUCAUGUCACACUGGGUGUGUGGGCGAAUCGAAGAAGUCAAGAAUGGUUUUCGAAAGGAUCACAAAGUUUGCCAGAGGCAUAGGACUAGGAAAAGGCGAGAGCUUCAUGAAUAUCGGAAGGUCACAGUCACACGAUAUGCUCAACAAUUCCUUGACCUCCUUCCAAGUGCAGACUGUUGUUCGGAUACGGAGGAAGACCUUGAUGUACCUCUUCAAAAGUCGAUCCGCCCCAGCUGGAGGAGUGAGAAGUAUGGCAACUGGCUUCACCUUGUGGACAGGCUUUCCUAUGAGCAUCAAUCCACUGUUAUGCGAAGAUAUCAGGCAACAAGACGGUUUGACACACACCGGGAGCCAGGGAACACAAUCAACCCUUUGGCUAAAGUUUGUACUAAGCUCCCAGAAAGCUGCUAUGAUAGUUCCUUUUUGAGUCAAUAUGGGGAGGUCCAACAAGUGAUGUUGGGGAUCCAAUCCAACUCUUCACACCUUGAUGAUGCAGUCACUGCCAUUUCUGCACUACUGCCUCCAUCCCAAAAUUCCUAA